CGUGAAGAGAAAGAAUUAUACGUACAAUUCCCGCGCGACGCGACGCGCGGCGCGAUUUACAUUUCACCGUACCUUGACGCGGCUCCGGAGCCGCGCCGGCAGCAGCGCCGGGUCGCCCGACUCGAGCCACGCCAGGUCCGAGGGCGACAGGGGCAGCGACAGGGCCCGCGCGUCGUCCGCCAGCCGCGCGACGGAGGUCGUGGCGACGCAGACGCGGGACGCGUAGGGCUGGUGCCGCGCCCAGGCGAGCGCGACGUGCUCGGCGGCGAGGCCGUGCACCUGGCCGAGGCGCCGCGCCCGGUCGCGCCGCGCGAAGUUCUCGGGCGUGAGGUAGGCGGACCGCAGCCGCGCGUCGCGCCAAGACUCGUAGUCGUCCGCGGGCUCGUCCGGCGGCAGCGGCGCCGACGGGGCGAACAUGUCGUCCCGCGACCAGCGGCCCGCCAGGAAGCCCUUGGCGAGGCACUCCCAGCCGACCACCACAACGUCGUCGCGGUGGUCGGCGUACCACCUCCGAUCCGUUUUGCCCAUGCACGUCGUGCCCGGCCAGGGCGCGUGCCGCGGCGUCGCCAGGCUCUCCUGCACGGACGCGCACCGGGGCGGCGCCUGGCCGGUCUCGACGGCGUACCGCCGCGCCGCCGCGAAGCGCCGCGUGCUCCAGUUGCUGCAGCCCCACGUCUUGACGCCCCGGGCCGCGCACAAUUGGGAGACAUUGUCCACGAUCUCGCUGAUGUCCUUCGCGGGGUCGUCCCUAUGCAGCAAGUAGACGUCGACGCGCCCGAGGCGCCGCAGGCUCUCGUCGAGCUCGCGCUCGAGGUCGCGCCGGUCGAGCCGCGGCGCCCAGCCCGACGACGGCGGGCCGCAGCCGCCCUUCGAGAUGACGACCGCGUUCCGUCUCGCGUCCGCCGGCGUCGCCGCGUCCCGCAGCCAGGCCCCGAGGAUCCGCUCGGAUUCGCCCCCGCCGUAGACCGCGGCCGUGUCGAAGGCCGCGAUGCCCAGGUCCCACGCUUUCGUCAGGAGUUGGAACGGCUGGGGCGCCUCGUGCAGCCGCAGCGUGCCGAAGACCAGCGGCGAGGGGACCAGUUGGUUCGUCGGCGGCGACGGCGGCGCGAGCGACGCGGCCAGCCGCACGGUUAGCAAUGCCGCGAGGCGUCGGCGCAUGCCGCCCAUAGGCGAUUCCUGUCUCGGGCGUCGCCCAGGGAUCUCGCCGCGGCGUAGCGCGAGCGGCGCGCCGGGGCUGGAGGCAGCGAGUGGAUUUCACCUGAAGUCAAACCCCGCCGGCGGCGAGCGGUGGCGCGCGAGCCCGGCUACGGGUGCUGUGCGCGGUGUGCGGCCCCGGGGCAGCCCCUUCCGGGUGGUAACGCUCGGGGAAAGCGCGCGACGUCGACGGGUUGGCGUCA